GCAGCACCGGAGCAAAGGAGCAUUUCAGGUGCUGGACUUUGAAAAAAUACUGGAUGUUUUGGGGAGUAUUUAUUUAUUUUUAUGAACUGGUAAGGCAAGUUUCCUCUACACUUUGUUAGCGGACACGGGACAAGAACACCGAUCAGACUGCUGAUUUUUUUUAUUUUUAGAAAUUACGCACAAAUUGUAUGUUUAACUCGCGCGUUUUGGGGAUUUCAUUUCUCAUUUUUUAAUUCUGAAAGGUGCUUUUGAUUGUUCUUACUGCAGAGACAUUGUGUGUGUAUUCUCACAGUAAGCUAGCAGCAGCAGCAGCAGCAGCAGCUUGCUAAUAUAGCAGAGCAUUUAUCAGCUCAGCUAACUGCACACUUCUAUCCUCCGCUUGACCAAUCCGGUUAAAUUUAGUUUACUCAGGAAAAUGAUGCGGAUGCCUAAAGGCGUCUCUCCGGCAGCGGGUCGGCCGGUAGUCGGGCUGGCUUGUUCUCAGCAGAAGAUGAAGGUUUUGGCCACCGGUGGAGUAAAGACCGACUUCUUCAGCACCGGACUUUCCAGCCCGCCGAUGAACACGGUACCGGCCGGUUAUUUCACCCAGAUCUGCAACACCACCGUGGCGGAACAAAGAGCCAACAGCCUGUAUUCAACCCCCCACGGACCAGAGGCUAAACCCAUCAGAUCAUCCUCUGGACGACUACCGGCUAAAAGGAAGCUAGACCUAGAGGAUCCUCUCUAUCUGCCAGACUUCCGCACACCAAAAGGCAAAGGCAGCAUUGCAGCAAGGAUUCCAAGCCCACGGACUCCAAAGUCUCCAGGUGAGCGGACACGCUAUGACACCUCAUUGGGCCUGCUGACCAAGAAAUUUGUGGGUUUGAUUGCUGAGUCCCCUGAUGGAGUUCUUGAUCUGAACUGGGCCACUGAAGUUCUGGAGGUCCAGAAGAGACGCAUCUAUGACAUCACUAAUGUCCUAGAGGGAGUCCAGCUGAUCAGAAAGAAGUCCAAGAACAACAUCCAGUGGCUGGUUGGAGAUGUAUUUGAAGGUGGUGCAGGUGGAGGAGAGAAGGCCUGUGCCCUGAGGAAAGAGCUGGGAGACCUGGAGAGAGCCGAGAGAUCUCUGGAUGACCUGAUUCAGUCCAGCACCACACAGCUCAAGCAGCUCACUGAAUAUAAAGACAGCCAGAGGUUGGGCUACGUGACAUACCAGGACAUCCGCUCCAUCGCCAGUCUCCGAGACCAAACGGUCAUUGCGGUCAAAGCCCCCGCUGAGACAAAGCUGGAGGUGCCAGACACAGCAGGGCAGGGGUCGUUACAGAUCUAUUUGAAGAGUAGAAAUGGCCCCAUAGAAGUCUACCUGUGUCCUGAGGAGGGUCUUGAAGACGCCAGCCCUGUCAAGAGUGUUGUCACGCCAAAAAAGGAAUUCCCUCAACCCCUCGCCCCUCCAGCUACAACACCGGUGGCAAUGCCAACUUACAGCAUGAAAGAGGAACCUGUUGAAUCCAAAAUACCUUCAGCAGCUCCAGCCACCUCAACUACAACCCCCGGCUCCUCUGUGCUUGACGUAGAGAGUCUCCUGGGUUUGCCCCCCAGCCUACUUCAGAUCACUGAGGACCAGCUUCCCUGCGCCUCCUUCAAUCCAGACGCCAGCACCCCAUUCGUCAGCUUCUCUCCACCUUUGGACCACGACGAUUACCUCUGGAGCCUGGAGGAUGGCGAGGGAGUGUCAGAUUUCUUCGACACCUAUGACCUCGGAGAUUUGUUGAAGAGCUGAGGUGAAGAUGAAGGAGUUUGGGGGGUGGGGAGAAAAAGUAGGGUAGAAAUAUUUAAAUUCAAUGCCUUCUCGGGGCAGAAGAUAUUACACUAUGAAGCCAUCCCUAGCCGUGCCUGUUUUAAUGGUUCCAACAGAGGAAUCACCCCAUUUGUUUGUUUCAAUAACCUGAAAGUCGUUUGAACUUUUAGCCAGGAAGCUUCGAACACAGUUUAAAAAGCAGGGAUUUUUUUGGACUUUCUCAAAUUGAGCUUCAAAUAUCACAAUGAAAAUCAGGAGACACUGUGCAGAUCAUAUCACCAGCAAAACAACUCAUGUAUGUGGUUGUCAGGCAGUGUUUAGCGGGACAACUCAGGAGCUCUUUUUUUCUUCCUCGUUUCCAAAGUCUAAAUGUUUGUGCCAGUCUUCGGCCCGUAGGGGGCAGCCUGGUAUUAUGUCAGAUUUAACUGCCAUGCAGCUUUACCAGAUUCAAUCACUGGAUAAGAGUAAGCUAAAGCCAUUAAGAAACACACACAGGGUGUGUUUGUGUGAGUAUUUUCACCACUGACCAAAUGAAGCUGUGAAGGAACUUGUUUAUUGCCAGUGUUUGUGGAUCUACAAGAAUCUGUAACUUGGGGAUGCUACAGUAGACAUAGAACUGAUUUUUAAGGUGCUUCUGUCUCGUGAGGUUUGCUCUCUUGCCUUAAGCUUUGUGUCAAGCCUGUUUGGUGCUGUGUGCCAAAAUGUGCAGAUUGUGACCCAGAGCCAGAUUUAAUGACAGAUAAUGGCUACUUUGUGAACACAUACAAUCUUUUCCUGAGAGACACGUUCACUCUCUCUCGUUGAUUUGGCAGCUUUGAUUCAAAUCCAGUGGCUCCCCUUGUUUGUCUGAGUUAGAUAGUUGAUUUUAGCUGGUGAUUUUUGAUUUAGUAGUGUAAAACUACUAUUGUAUUUCUUUGGAAAUAACCCAAAAUAAUUGAGAUGCAGCAUCUGUGCUGCAGGUGUGCUGGAAAGGGGGUUAAUUGAUGUAAGUGAGGUGUAAUUAGAGGAUCGAUUUCUUCUCCCUCUUGUUUUAAAAUGAAUGACAUCUGUUGAUCUAGCAGAAACAAUGAGGAGUUUAAAUCUUUACUGUUCAGAUUUUAGGCCCAUGAAUUCUUUCCUCAGUGUUGCGUUGCAAUGCUUAUAAAUGUCAAAGACAUUCGGGCGAGGGACAUAGCAGCUGACUUUUAUGUGUUAAAGGUUUUUUGGAAGCGUUCUAGAAAUUUGAAAAUUUAAAUUUCAUGCUGAUCUAAUUUUUUUUGGCUUUCCUUCUACACUGUAGAGAUAAGCUAACUGUCCUGUCCUAACAAAACUUGAAAAUGUGUGUUUGAGUGUGUAUUUGACAACUUGGGAAAUGGGUGUCUCGGUGCAUUGGUGUGUGUGUUUUUUUUUAUGUAGAUUAGAGAAUUUGUAGUUUUUUUUCAAUGAGCAUUAUUUUUUGGUAUUUGUACAUAAUUUGUUUUGUAUUUAUACCCAUUUUUUCUGAUUUUUUUUGGACAGUUUUUGUAUGACAUGCAGCACUUAAUAUUUUGUAAUAUUGUGUGGUCUGUUUGAAGUUAUGGAAUAAAUACUGAAGCCAUGAUUUACACUUA